ACACGACUAGCGGGCGCCGUGCAGCAGCUGGCGAGAGGUACUUUUAUCGCAACCAAUGCGUGGACUCUAUCCUUGGAAUUCACUAGAAAGUUUGUUGUCUUCAUCUCCCUCAGAUCAUGGCCUCCAAUCCGUUUACUGUCAUCAUCGUGGGUGCUGGCUUCGCCGGCGUCACGGCCGCUAUCGAAUGUCGCCUCAGAGGAAUGCGCGUCCUCCUUGUUGAGACAUAUCCCACAAGCAAGAAAUACGGAGACAUUAUCGACUUCUUCCCCAAUGGCGGCAAGAUUAUUCAGAAGUGGGCGGGCGGGCGCAUUGCGCGCAAUCUCAUGGCCGUCUGCAUCAACCAAGGCGACCGAUUCCAGUAUUAUAAGUACGACGGGAAGCUUAUCUUCGAUGAGCCUUGGAUCCUCAAGCCACACCACUUCUGGCAGCAGUACGCUGGCCAUCGUGGCCAGAUGCACGACGUUAUUCUCGACUAUGCGAAAGAACUGGGAGUGGAGCUGCGUUUCGGCGUAAAGGUGGUGGACUACUUUGAGUCUGAGAAUGAAGCUGGAGUUGUCACCGACAAGGGCGACAAGUUUGUAGGCGAUGUAGUCCUUGCCGCGGAUGGCCCCCGAUCGCUGGCGCGCCAAAAGGUCCUGCACCUUCCAGACACCAAGGUGAACAGCGGAUAUGCCAUUUAUCGCGCAUACUAUACCUUGACGGAAGAGCAUCGGAAGAAUCCCCUCUUAGCCGAGUUCUGCAAUCCCAACAGGGAUAUUACAAAGAUGUGGGUAGCCAAGGAUCUUCACAUGAUCAUCUAUACCUGGAUGAAAGGCAAGGAAAUUGGAUGGGUGUUGACACACAAGGACGACCACGAUAUUGGCGAGUCAUGGUCUUUCCCUGGCGACAAGAAAGAUGUGCUCAAGUGCCUUGAGGAGGAAGGGUUUGAGGAGAAGCUGAAAGAGGUGGUGAAGUACACUCCCGCCGACUCCUUAGUCGACUACAAGCUCGUCUGGCGCGAUCCGGUAAAGACGUGGCUUAGUUCUGGUAAACGAAUUGCCGUCAUUGGCGACGCAGCGCACUGCCACUUGCCUACCUCUGCACAAGGCGGGUCGCAGGCUAUGGAGGAUGGAGUAGCAGCCGCGGUAGCGCUGCACCGUGCAAAGGGCGACGCGAAGCUUGGCCUGCAAGUUUUCGAGCGUAUCCGCUUCAAUCGCUCGCAUGUGGUUCACAUGAGCUCUAUAUCUAACCGAGAUGGUUACCACAAUGUCGACUUUGACGGCGAGGAGAUUCAGAAGCACCCAGAGAUCCUGAACAUGCCGCGCUUCAAGUGGGUGCUCGAGCACGAUGCUGAGAAGAAUGCCGAGGAGCACUUUGACCAUCUGGCUGCUGACGUGCGGUCCGGCAGGCAGGGAACUUUGGAGGAGCUAUCUGUCCCAGCUGGCGGUGGAUUCGAAAUUGAAGACAGGAGAUACUCCGACGAAGCCGAGGUGCCUGUGCGGGCGAAUUUGUGAAAAAAAAAAAAUGCUCGCGGCGUCUGUCAGCAGGAAGAAUAGAGACAAUGCUUGAGAAGUAUCCAAUAGUGUAUAAAGAUGCUCGUGUAGAUAGGUUACAUCAAUUCAUUAGAAUGUCUUUGCAGGU